UUGCCAAAAGAGCACGAGCAGGGCGACUUGCAGGGGAGCAAUAGAGGAACAAAUUCCAAGAUCUCUGUUGGCUUUGUGCUGAGACAGGUGGAUGUCAGCAUUGUCCGCCAUGGCGCGUCGUUCUCCUCUCUUCGUCGUUCUGCUCACUGUCCUGCUAUGCGUGCCUCAUUCUUUUGCCGUUAGGUCGCUCGUGCAGGUCGAGCAGCAGGCGGCGGUGCAGCAGCCAGCAGAUUCGCAGGCAACCCUCCGACCGAAGCCGAAGCCGACUCCCACCAGCAGUCAGAGCAGCGUUCUAGGGGAGCUCGCCUCAGACGCAGUGAAAGCGGCGAACGAAGCUCGUGCGAUCGCGGAUGAGGUUAUAGGAGAUGCUUCUGCAGCGGCAGGAGCAGCAGCAGGAGGAGCAGUAACAGACACAGCAGCCACAGCAGUCACAGCAGUUACAGAAGCUGCAGCAGACGCUGCAGUGGCAGCAGCAGCGGUGCCAACUGUCACUGGUACAGGAGCGGCCAUGGUGCUAGGGACCGAGGCGGUGGACGGUAUUGCUGACGUGGCAGGCGCAGGCUCCGGCGCCGAAGCUGCCGACGCCGUCGCGGGUGUAGCAGCUGCUGACGUGGCGAGCGCCGCGACGGACGCCGCUACCGACGUGGCAGCACAUGCCGCGGAAUCGGCCGCCGACGAAGCAUCUGACGCAGAAAAGGAUAUCGACGACGUUGAGAAAUCAGGAAAGAAUGCCGAGAAUGCCCUCCUAAAGGAUGCGGAGUUAGUCUGGCAUCGCUGCGUGGAGUCUGAGAAGCUGGGCGAGGUGUGCGUGGGGGUGUUCGCGGACUCGCAGCAGGAGCCGCCGCUGCUGUUCGCGGAGAUCAGCCUGAGGAACCACACGUUCCUGGUGCCGCUCGCCAAGGCCAAGGCGUGUCUGGACGACCAGCUGCUGCUGAACCUGCUGCUCCACGACCCCAAGCUCGCCCCGUUUGCUGAAGCGAUCAAGGCCAUCAUGGUCAUGGAGAAGCUAGCUGCAGCUGAUGUGAUCAGGGAGUGCGUACUCUUUAACAACCUCUCCGUUACAGUGGACAAACCCAACGACUGCAUGUAUAUAUCAGCCUGUCCACGCCUCUGCUCCCGCCUGGGCUGCCACCACAACCACUGCCUCUAUUCCAAGGACAAGGAGUUUGAGUGCUUCAAGGUGCGCGUGCCCCUGCUCAGGCACCGCCAGGGUGUUGAUGUCGCUGUGCGCUAGAGUAUUCACAUGUGUUGGAAAUAUCUCAAGGACUUAAGCGUUUCUGAAGUGUAACACCACACUCGAGGAAGAUCGUAACGGGUACACGAGUCAACGGAGGUUACACGAGGGAAUGGACAAAGAACACGAAAGGACUCGAAGGGUUGCAACCGGAGGUUGCAACUGACCGUUACAACUACAAGGAUGGUAACCGAAGCGACAAUCGAGUCGCUGUGCGACUCGAUAACCGCCCUUUCAAAUGUAUUCUACAACUGCUUCACUUUCCUACUUUCUAUAUAUUGCUGUAUGCUUGCUCUUUUAAUCAAUCACUUUGUAACACCACACUCGAGGAAGAUCGUAACGGGUACACGAGUCAACGGAGGUUACACGAGGGAAUGGACAAAGAACACGAAAGGACUCGAAGGGUUGCAACCGGAGGUUGCGACUGACCGUUACAACUGCAAGGAUGGUAACCGAAGCGACAAUCGAGUCGCUGUGCGACUCGAUAACCGCCCUUUCAAAUGUAUUCUACAACUGCUUCACUUUCCUACU